AUGGCCGCCAGCGACAAGGAGGACGAUUCGGCGAAGCCUGCCGAUCUGCGAGUCUUCAAGAACCGACGGAGACAACACGGUCCGCCGUCCGGCGACAACGUCAUCCCCGCUGCAGGUGCCGGCUGCCGCAGGGACGGCAGCCGCAGUCCCCGCCGAGACUCCUGUCCUGGCAAGGUGUCCCCUUCCAAGAACAAACCGUCUGCCAAAUGCAGCGCGCCUUCUUCUUUCUGCAUCAGCGAUCUCAUCGGCGCCGCUGUGCCCACGGCACCCCAUGCGACUGACGCGGACAAGCACAAGUUGCUGCUUCACCAGCUUCAGUUCCAGCACCAGAUGCGCCAGCUUCAGCAGCGGGCCCCCGGCUUCGACGAGUGGCGCCUCUACGAGAACAGGGCCACUGCUGCCGGUGGAGUCACCGACGACGCGGAAGACCUGUGCGGCAGCAAUGGGGGUGGACACUCGGGCUUGGCCAACUCCACGAGGGCGGAAGGGACGUCGAGGCGCCUUCCGUCACCGUCUAUGGGCGCAGACGAGGACUCCCUGCCGUCCAUAUCCCUGAGGUGCCCCAAGAAACCGCGCAAAGCGCGGACAGCGUUCACCGAGCAGCAGCUGAAGUCUAACCCCUGUUUCCUAUUUUUUUAUCCCCUCCCUCCCCCCCCCCCCCCCUCUCUCUCUCUCCUACCACUUCCUCGGUACCAAACCGAUGACGUGAUUAGCCUCACCUGGGAUAAUAUUCUGUCACGGCCCUUCUCUCCAUUUCGAAAUAAUUCGACGCCACAUUCUUUAUUUACGCAGACUCUGGAGAAAAGCUUCGAGCGCCAAAAGUACCUCAGCGUGCAGGACCGCAUGGAGCUGGCGGCGAAGCUCAACCUCACGGACACGCAGGUGAAGACCUGGUACCAGAACAGAAGGACAAAAUGGAAGAGGCAAGCCAUGGUCGGCAUCGAGCUGCUCCCGGGAAUGCACGGUGCCGUUUCCGCUGCUGGCCUAUGGCCCGCCAGUGCGGCCGGCCUCGGUUCUGGAUUUCCGGCGGCCUUCUGGCCUUACCCGUACGGCGGUUACUUCAACGCCGCCGCUGCCGCCGCAGCGGCUGCCGCAGCCAUGGGCCGUGGCUUCCCGGUGUCUUCGGUGAGCGGCGCAGCGGUCGGUGGGAACGCGGAGAGCCUUCAGCGGGCCCUGGACCUCUACCAGCAGAGAGGAGCACAGGCGUUCCUCGGGUCCGAACCUCAGCUUCGGCCAGCCGUCGCUACCAGCAUCAGCAACAACAGCGGGCCCACAGUGAUUGGCACGUCCAAGGCCGACGCCGAUCUCCGCAACGAGCAGAAGCAGUGACACGCGUGUUAGCAUUUACGCGAAACUGUCUCGUGUGUCGGACCACGGCUUCCCGAGUUGUGCUAUGAUACCGGUAUAUACUUGGACCCACCGUGGAGCUCCAUUUCGCUCGCUGACUGGGGCGUGUGAUUUCACUUCAUCGACCGAACUGACAGUCCAAGGACAUGCUUGGUGGCUCGUUAGUGCAACCAGUAACGCGUGUAGUGCCCCUGGCGUAUAUUUGUGUGCACCGGCGUUCUCACUGCAUACCCUUUAGAAAGUGCACGAAAAAUGUUAAAUAUGGUCCCAUGCGUGCUCUCCUUGCCCUUAUCCAACAACUCUACCUGAUGUCUCAUUUCAAUCAGCAACGUUAUUUCCGGUGAACACCA